AUGCUGACGGCCAACAAGUGCCCAUCUUCAAUUCGACCUGACCAGGUAGAUAGCACUACUCUCGAUCUUGUUACCUCUCUAAUUACCCUUACCGGCUCUACUAACAGCUCUACUAAUCUACGUUUGCUCCUGCUAGGCGACUUCAAUCUCUACCACCCGGCGUGGGGAGGAGAACGUUCUAAAAGAGACUCCUCGUCCGACCAGUUACUGGAACUGAUGGAUACGAGGUGCCUGGACCUGUGGCUGGAGCCAGGUACUACCACGUGGGAGCGCAACGGAAGCAAGACCACUAUCGAUCUGGUCCUCGGCUCGCAGGACCUGACCCCUAGGCUCGUUACCUGCGAGGUCAACGAGCGAAUUCACGCAGGUUUGGACCACUAUCCAAUACGAAUCCUUUUUGAUAUCAGCACUAAGACCUCCGAAGCACAACGACGAAGGAACUGGAAAGCCUGCAACGUUAAAGACCUGCGGAGCUUCGUGGACCUCAACCUACAGAAUUAG